GGUUAAAAGAUAAACUACAACAACAACGAAAAAAGAAGAGUUUUCAGAUAUCAAUUAGGUUAGUUUGACAACUCGUAAAACUGUCUUAAGAAAUUAGAUUCUUGUGCUCAAAGAAACCUUAAACUGUUUACCUUUUUCUCUUUCCGACCAAAGUUUAGAAUCAAAUGGAGAUCAAAGGUGAAACGAUGCAAAAGUCAAAGUUCAGAAGAAUCUGUGUCUUCUGUGGAAGUAGCCAAGGCAAGAAGAGUAGUUACCAAGAUGCUGCUGUUGAUCUCGGCAACGAACUGGUUUCAAGGAAUAUUGAUCUAGUCUAUGGAGGUGGGAGCAUAGGAUUGAUGGGUUUGGUUUCACAAGCUGUUCAUGAUGGUGGUCGUCAUGUUAUUGGAAUCAUUCCCAAGACCCUCAUGCCUAGAGAGUUGACUGGUGAAACAGUAGGAGAAGUAAGAGCAGUUGCAGAUAUGCACCAAAGGAAAGCUGAGAUGGCUAAGCACUCUGAUGCUUUUAUUGCCUUACCAGGUGGUUAUGGAACACUUGAAGAAUUGCUUGAAGUCAUAACUUGGGCUCAGCUUGGUAUACAUGACAAGCCGGUGGGUUUGCUCAAUGUUGAUGGAUACUACAACUCUCUGCUCUCAUUCAUUGACAAAGCCGUCGAAGAAGGAUUCAUCAGCCCGAAUGCUCGUGAGAUCAUCCUCUCUGCACCUACUGCUAAAGAGCUGGUGAAAAAGCUAGAGGAAUAUGCACCUUGCCAUGAAAGUGUUGCAACUAAGCUUUGUUGGGAGAUGGAACGGAUUGGUUACUCGUCUGAAGACCGGCCGGCGAUUCACCCGGUGGAUGCGCUUCCGGUGGCUCCGACUACCGGAGCGAUCGAUAGACCACCAGUGAGGAUGAAGGAUGUGCAAGGCAUGCCCGGAACCACCGGCGGUCUCAUUCUCCGUCUCUCUCAGUUCGUCCCAGCUCUUAUCUCCGUCUCCGUCAUGGUCACCACCUCCGACUUCCGUUCCGCCACCGCAUUCUGUUGCUUGGUUCUUGCGGUUAGCCUGCAAAGCAUGUGGAGCUUGUCUCUAUUUCUUGUCGAUGCUUAUGCUCUUCUUGUGAGAAGAAGCCUUCGGAAUCACUCUGUUGUUCAGUGUUUCACAAUUGGAGAUGGUGUCACAUCGACCCUUACGUUUGCAGCUGCAUCUGCGUCUGCUGGCAUAACCGUACUCAUCAACGAUCUUGGACAAUGUAACGUGAAUCACUGCACAAGGUUUGAGACCGCCACAGCAAUGGCCUUCAUCAGCUGGUUUGCUGUGUCUCCUUCCUUUAUUCUCAACUUCUGGUCCUUAGCCACCCACUAAAUAUAGCACACAAGAUGAGUUCAGAGAAAUCCAUCUUCCUAGUAUAAUGUAAAUAAAGGGUGGAGUAUAAUUUAUCGCUUGAUGAGCAAAUGUUUUGAAACAGAUAUAUUACAUCGGAAAAUCAUAGUACAAGAAAACAGUUUGCUUUCC